UGCUCUGGCUGCUGCUCUCAUCAGUCAAUGUUAACUGGACACUAAGUUUGCAGACCCUCCCCCCCGUCACAAUCCCUAUAAAAACUCACCAGCUCCCUGUUGCACAGUAAUUGUGCUGAGAGGUGAUCAAAAAAAAUGAAAUCUAUUCUUACUGGAAAGUUGUGUUUGACCUCCCUUAAACCCUGUAAUCUCGAGACGUGCACAAAGGAGGAGAUUUUGGAAUACUUUGAGAACACCUAUGACUUGGAUGAAACCCUUUUCAGUGCACUCAAAGAUGAAUCCAGCUUCUACUUGUGUCCAGAUCGACUACGGUUGCCCCUUAUAUUUUACUUUUGCCAUCCUCCAGUGCUCUACAUCAAUAAAUUGCUGCUCACUGGUCUCAUAAAGGAACAAGUGAAUCCCAGUUUUGAAGCUCUUUUUGAGACGGGAGUGGAUGAGAUGUCCUGGGAUGACACGGAGAAUUAUCGAAUGGGCGGAAGUUUUAACUGGCCCAGUUUGUCGGAGUGCAUUGAGUACCGGAGGAAGGUACGGGCCAUAGUUCGCAAAGUCAUCCAGGAAACCCCAUUAGAACUUCCAGUGACGGUAGACAGUCCUUGGUGGGCACUUUUUAUCGGACUGGAACACGAGCGAAUCCAUUUAGAAACUUCGUCUGUGCUGAUUCGUCAGUUGCCAAUUCACCUGGUUGAAAGGCCAUUAGGUUGGAGAUAUGCCUCAUCAAGUAGUGGAUUAGAAGCAUCUGACAACCCUCUGAUCAAAAUCCCAACUUCCCAAGUUGCUUAUGGAAAACCAAGGAAUUUCCCAUCUUAUGGCUGGGACAAUGAAUAUGGACAGAUGACAACAAUUGUUCCAGAUUUUGAAGCCAGCAAAUACCUAAUAAUGAAUGGGGAAUAUCUGAAGUUUGUACAGGCUGGAGGAUAUGGAAAGAAGGUUUACUGGACCAAGGAAGGCUGGGAGUGGAGGAAAUUCCGCCAGGCUCAUCAUCCUACAUUCUGGGUCUGUACAAAAGGAUGCAAGUCUGGCUGUGGAGCAGCCCUUGCAAGUUACUCACAUUGCCAACCGGAUAAAGCCACUAAAACCAGUGGAGAAGUAGGCUGCACAGAAGAACCUCCGAGUGGCAAUCAGAACGGAUGGUGUUUGAAUGGCGUUGAAGAGGAAGAAUUGCCAGAGUACAGGUACAGAGCUAUGUUUGAUAUCCUCCCAAUGCCCUGGGACUGGCCAGUAGAAGUCAACUAUCAUGAAGCAAAAGCAUUUUGUAUGUGGAAAGGCAGCGGAUACCGUCUCCCAACAGAAGCUGAGCAUCAUCUCAUGCGUGGUGGCAGCAAGAAGCCUUUGGGAGAUGGCAUUACGUCUGAUCCGAUAUUUUGUGAUGAUUUAAAGAAGAAAAGUAACAUCAACCUGGCUUUCGGCUCUCCGACGCCCGUGACUAUGUAUCCACCCAAUGAAGCAGGUUUUCAUGAUGUGUUCGGCAAUGUCUGGGUAUGGAUAGAAGAUCAUUUUAACGGUCUUCCAGGGUUUGAUACCAUGUACCUGUAUGAUGACUUCUCCAGCUCCAGCUUUGAUGGACAGCAUACAAUGAUUCUGGGUGGUUCUUGGAUCUCGACAGGUGACGAGGCAUCACGAUUUGCAAGGUUUGCCUUCAGGAGGCACUUUUUCCAACACCUGGGUUUUCGCUUGGUCAGAACAUGUGGUCUGUUGAAAACUCCAGUGAGAGUGGUGAAUGCUGAGACAAUUACUCCAGAUAACUCAAUCACUGUUCCCAAGGAGACUGUGCAAAUGAUCACCGUUCCAAGUGCCAACACUCAGCUGCAGUAUGAGACGGAUGUUGCUGUGCAGGAACAGCUUGAGCUGGAGUACGGAGACCUGAGCAAAGCAAGUUACUGCAGCCAGUUGUAUGGAGUGUGCAAUCGGGUGAUCAAGGAACAGCAGCUAGCUGGCAGCACAUGCCUUGUUCUAGGCAGUGGAACUGGUCUCAUCUCCUUCAUGUUAACCCAGUUGUUUUGCAAGGUAAUUGGGAUUGACUACUGUGGAAGAUUCAUUGAAACUGCACAACAACUAAAAUAUUCAGGAUACCAAAAUUCUGAUGUGAAGGUUCCAGAUUAUUUGGACCGAGAUAGGGUGAUAUUCAAACAGCUAACAUGGAUUCCAAAAGAAAUUGGACGUCAUUGUUUUAUACUUGUCAAUUUCCUGGAUCGUACCCUUAAUCCCUCAGCUUGGCUAGUGCGCCUGUCACAAAUUGUACAAGCAAAAGGUUUGGUUGUCGUCGCCUCAGAUACGUGGAGCAGGAACAAUCUAGAUCAAAGAUUUCAAGAACUCAGAAAACAGUUGUCCUUUGUGGAGCAAAUGGAAAUCAUAAGUAAAGGAAAACAAGGCAACAAAGUUACGUAUGCGACCAUUUGGAAACCAUGACAUCCCCUUGUCUCAGACUUCCAAGAUGGCAACAACAGAAAUUAGUGGGUGCGUCGUCAUAGCAAUCAUAGAAAUGAAGUCAUGAUUAUUGAUAAAGAAGUGAUUAUUGGAAUUUAUCUCGACGAUGUGAGUGUAUUGGUAACUUGUAUUUGAUUAGCUUUUUUACUGACCUUGAACAAAGUCUUGUGAUUAAACAUAGUCUCUGACCACAUGCUGAGUAUGUUCUGAUUUUAUGGACAUUCAUUAGAUUUCUCCUGACAUGGUAUGAAAUCUUCCUAGAGUCUCCAAUUUCUGAGCUACCCAACAGCUUCAGGCAAACAGGUGAGUGGCAAGUUUACCUCAACCCUUCACCAAUGCUUUCUUCAAGGUAGCUCCCAGAAGACACGCAAACAAGAAAGUGACCGACUAAAAACAAGAAAUUCCAGAUAGUCAUCUAGUCAGUGGGAGAGUUUUCCUUGAAAUACAAUUAAUCUUUGGGAGUUCAAUCAACAUAUUUGCUUCAAAGGCUUAGACCCUCCAUGAAUAUUCUGCACCAAUGAUUUUCAACAUUUCAUCGAUGAAUCCAGUAAACAUGCACAGUGAAGAAAUAGAUUUUGAUCUAAGCAAUAAGAAUGCCAUUUCUACUAUCAUGUAUGCUCACCAGCUGUAGCAUUCCAAUAAUACAAGUGACACUGAUCUCUCAUUGUUCGAACUGACUUACUUUAUACACUCAAUUGUUAAUUAUUUACAAAUCUUGAUUUAUAGAGUUGAAUUAUGUUGCAAAAGAGAAACAAGAUCAUGACAAAUGACUAAGUGAAAAAGUGUGAAGGACCAAUGAAAAUGAAGUUUUACGGGAAUUAUUGAAAUAAAGAAAAAAAAAAGUUAAGGCUGAGUGGCAUUUAUGGAGCACUUUUCAUGAUCAGCAGACAUCCCAAAGCACUUUCCAGACAGUCAAUAACUUUUGAAGUCACUGCUGCAGUAUAGGAAAUUGGCCAAAUGAUCAAAUAAGUUAAGCAUAAGUCAGAAAACACUAAAACCCAGCAAGUAUCAGAAUGAGAAAGGAUGUCAACAUCUCAGGUGGAGAUCCUUCAGUACUACCAGAACGGAAGGAAAACAUAUGCAUUUGUAAAGCACUUUCAACAACAUUAGUAUAUUUCGAAGCGUAUUAAAGUCAAUAGAGUAUACUUUGAAAAGAACCUUCAUUGGGGCCUGUAAAUCUGUAAUUAGACUUUAAGGAGAAUACGUACAUCAGGCAAUACUUUCAACCAACAGGCACUUGUCAUGCUGACUGGUGUAAAAUCUCUGCCGUUCGGAAAGUAUGAAAUGAACUGGUGCUCAGACUAAGAUUCUCAAUUCCUGCUGCUGGUUUCAAAGUCUGUUAAAAGUGAGUAGGGAUGUAUUAGAUUGGUGCAAGUGGCUGUGAACGUGCCUCGCGUUGUGGACUCCAAGCAAUGCCAACCAAAUGGUUGAGACAUGCGACUGGUCAGGCUGUGAUAACGGUGUGGCAGUAGCUGUACAUCCAAACUCAGAAAACGGGUGCCUAAAAUCACACUGUCUGACUCAGAGACACAAAGCUACAUUGUGUAACCAGGUACACACUAAAAUAUCAAGUUCCAAUAAGUUUGUGACAAUUGUGGAGGGAAACCUGAGUUUCUAUAACUAUUCGACUACUUUAUUAUCUUGUCUUCAGGAACCACAAAUCAGGAAGGCUUGUCUCGGUGUGACUUGGCCUAUGAUCUUCACCUAAAAAGAACCUGCUGUCAUUACAUGGAUAUGGUUACAGAGUCAAAGUGUAGGUUAAGAAUAUCAUUAAGACUGGGCUGCAUUUUAUGGCUCACUAGUAAUGCAUUGGUAGACAUAGCGGCAAUGCUGUCCACUUGCUUCAUGGAGGAGUCAUCAUUAAGCUUGCUUCCAAGUUAACUGGAAGCUUUAAGUGGACAAUUAAUGCAUAACUAAGUGCUGCAUCCUGCUCCCAGUGGAAUUUAUCUAGUGGUGAGAGGGGUCCAUACCGUGCUCCUGGGUUGACAGGGGUUGGGGAGGGAAUGGUGGUGACAGAGGGAUGCUGGAAGUCUGAAAUCAAAGCAGAAAAUGCCAUAAAUAAACAGUAGAAAGAGAGAGAGAGAGAGACAGACAGACAUAAGCUCAUACACAAAGGGUUAUGAACCUGAAACAUCACUUCAUUUCCUGUCUUAAAAAAUGCUUCCAGACUAUUCAAACAAGUAAUUGCAAUACAUGGCAACUUGAUGAUAGCCACAAAAAGCUAUACAAUUCUCAUUUCAGAUUACUACUUUAAUUUUUUUUAAAAACGGUUUUAGGGAAUUUCAAAUUUUAUACAAACACAAACCAAAAAUACCCCCUUCAAUAUACCCCGAUAAAAACAAAAUGAACACAAUCAACAGCCCCAAUGAUUGAUAAAAGUUAAAUAAAUUACAAAUAAGCAAGUACACAGGGUUUACCUGGUAUUGACUUUGAGAAACUUUUAGCUUAUUUCGGCACAAAAAUAUUUAAUUAGUUUUAAAAAUGAAAAAGUAGUAAACAUUUUUAGUGUCUUUUGUUCCAUUAUAAAACCUUUGGCUAUUUUCAGGAAAUCAAUCCUCCGGGUGCACAAAAGUCAGAUUUUUCAUUUGAUCUUUACUGCAGACCCAAUAUGUACAUUUUACACUACACUGAAUCUCAGCAGUUUUUCUUUAAUUAUUCCUUAUUCCAAGGUGCCCCAUCUCCUUGAAGAUACUGAGGAAUGUUUCACUGGCACUUUGUGCAAGCUACCAUUCCUCACGUAUCAGCCUAAAGGUGGCAGCCAUUUUAGCAGACAGAUUCUGCUCUUACACGGUUUCCAUUACUUGCGCCUGAAUACAAUUAGGUACAGGAAUAAAAGAGUUGAUUUGUUCCCUGUCUCACAAUGCAGGGGCACAAAGCCAAGUUUAUUGUUUCCAGCUCAAUGGGCUUAAUGCAUCAUGUCAUUGUUCCUCAACUGGUUCUCACCCCAGCUUCCAUUUUUUUUAAAAAACAUGCCAUUUGUA